CGCGAAGGAUGGUAUAUGACAUUUCCACGCGUCUAUCCUGAUUCAAUGCCGGCUUACUGCCAACGUCUACUGAUGCUACCUUGACAAAUCCAGCUGUGAUGCCUCGCCUCGAGCGACGAACUGUUGUAUCUAUCCUGCUCUUCCCUCUCAAAAACAACAAGCCUUAUCGGGUCCUCCUCUUCCGCCGCUCUGAAAAAGUCUCGACCUACAGAAACAAGCUUGCGCCAAUAGCGGGCUCGUUAGAACAAUACGACAAGGCACCGCUCGAUGCCGCGUGGCGAGAGUUGAAAGAGGAGACUUGUCUUGGACCACAACACAUUGAGCUGUGGAGAAGAGGUCCGGGUUUCGAAUUCACAGAUGAGAAGGCCGUGACUGGUAAGGAUGGCAAAGGUGAGACUGUCGGCAGAAUAUGGCACGUUUGGCCCUUUGCAUUUCGAUUCAAGAAAGAUCUCGUAGACGAGCACAACAAUGUCGAUACAUCGGUGUUCCAAAUGAACUGGGAGCAUGUUAGCCUGGAAUGGAACAAGGUAGAUGACAUCCUCAGUGGGAAGAUCUUGGAUCAGUGUGUUCCGAGACUGGAAAUCACCCUUGGCCAGGUAUGGGUCGAUCCCGAAAGCCUGCUACAUCAAGGCCUUGAAGAACUACGUCUGGAUCAUACACAUGGAGCCAGAGAAUUGGCCACCAUGGCCGCGAAGACAUUAAUGAGGAUCGUCGAAGAAGAUCAACAGAAUAAGAAGCCAUAUACUCCUGAAGAAAUUGCUCGCUGGUGGAAGACGAUCCGCUUGCAGGCUUUUCAUUUGGCUUUCAAUGGACGCCCGAGCAUGAGCGCCGCCAUAUCCAGUGCCAUCGUGACUGCCUUGAAAGACGCACAGAGCAUAGUCGAUGCCGGUGGCCAGGAUGUGCUUGAAGGUGUCAAACAGAGUCUGGCGGCGUACGUCGGCAGAAGAGCAGAGAUUGCUAAGCGUGUGAGUCAACAAUUCUCUGCCCUUUUACAUGACAAGUUCGAAUCGUCAACGCAAAAUGAAGGCGGCGAGAUCCCAAUCAAAAUUCUGACCCUCAGUUCCUCAUCAACGAUCAAAGCUGCCAUAUUACAUGCUUUGGAUGCAGAGGACAGCCUCGCCAUCGAACUCCGUAUACUCGAGUCGCGUCCCCUAUUUGAAGGCGUCAGUUUUGCACGAACGUUGGCAAAAGAGGCCGAAGAUCGCCGGACAGGCAAGACAGCUGGACCACAAGUUCAUGAUCGGCUACGCAUUAUUGUGUCUACUGACGCGUCUGUGGGCAUACUAAGCAAGGAUGCUGAUAUACUCAUUAUCGGGGCUGACCGGAUAUCGGAGUUUGGGGAUGUGAGCAACAAGACGGGUUCGCUACCAGCAGUCUUGACGAGCAAGGAGGUGACGGGUGGCUCUGUCAAAGUGGUGUGCAUCAGCGAGGCGGAUAAGAUUGCUUCACCUGGAGCAGCCGAAGAGCAUUGCGAAGAAGACAACGAAAAGGCUGAGGUCGUUGGCACUUGGAAGGAGGACGAAUCGCCCUCUUGGGAGGAAAUGGUCACCGUGCGCAACGUGUACUUCGAAUGGGUUCCUGCAAAGUAUAUCGACUACUACGUUUGUGAAGACGGGAUCCUGCUGCGGGAGGAUAUCAAGAAGAAAUCAAAGCUCGUGUUGGACCUGACUGCGAAGGCGUUCUCGGAUCUACAAGUAGCCGAGGAUUAUCAGCAGCUCUGAAAUCCAGGGGAAUCCCAGCUACGACAUCUGUCAUUCUCCCAUGCUCGCUCCGUCAAGAAAGAGCACUGCUCAAGAUUUGCGAGCUUCCUCCAGCGGCUCCUGCUUGCCAGCGCCUAGCUGGGUCCGAUUCGAAUGUCUGCAGCGGUCAGCGAUCCAUCGAUAGGAAUCAAGCCGAGCCCUCCACCAUUGUACUGGUCAUCCUUAGCUUCAAGCACCACAUUCCCAAUCUUUCCUCUGAUACUAUCACCAGAAGCUGUCAACUCGAUCGUAUACUGCUCGUCGAGCUUCCAUUUAAACUCUGCAGCGUCGAGCUCUAUCCGCUGUUCGUCCAGGGCUUUGACCAACAUUACCUUCCGUGGCUUGAUCACCAGCGCAUACCACCUUCGCAGGCCUCGCACUCGGAUGGCAAUUCCAGCAGUUCCAAGAUUAAUCUUGAAGCUUGCCACAGACACUUGAUAAUCUGUCCAGUCUCUAUUCCCAUAACUUACAAUACCUUCGCCAUGGUCUUGGGCGACGUAAAACGCCGUGCCGAAGCCGGUGUGAAAAGUGCUGGCGCCGUUGACCCAGCCCAUGAUAUCGUGCUUCAUCGUCAUUCGAGGCACUCCGGUCCAUGCAAGACUUUCAAUCCAUGCCGCACCGUGUCCCGAGAUUCUCAGUCCGAGCCGCGAAAUGGGCUGUUCGUUGGGUAAUUCCCAUUCUAGCUCUUGACGGCCUGUGACUCUUACUGCAGGGCCACUGCUGAGGUCUGUCUUUAGCUGCACCUCUAAGUCAUCUCCUUGGACUACUGCUCGAACAUGCUGACCAGGAUACACCAGUGGCGAGCCGACAAACUCGUAUGUCUUCAUCUUUCCAAGAUCGAGAGGCCGGAAAGUCUGCGUUGUGACCUCUGCCUCUCCACCAACCGAAACACAAAGCCCUUUCUCGCAUUGUCCGAUCUUGGCGCUGCUCUCGAAGCCCUGCACGCUUCCGGGGAAGGUGAAAUGGAAUUGAGCUGACGGCUCCGGAAGUGGCGUCUCGCCAGCCAAUUUUCGACCCAUAUUGGCGAUGGUGUACGCAAUGCGAGCGGCAUUGUUGGUCGAGUAGCCAGCAUCAGCACUUGAGAUCAGUGCUCGGUCAGCGAUGGGACCUCUCCAGUCUGGACCGCCUUCGAGGCCACCUAGUCCGUACAUCAACGCAAACAGACACCCGACGUUGCCGGAAUUGCAGUCGGUAUCCCAUCCGCACGUGUUGAUGAUGUACAUAGCAUCGUGAAAAUCUUUGGCAUAAAGAAACGUCAUGAUCAUGAUUCCAUGAUUCGGCACCACAUGGCACAUCCCACAAAACUUGUCAUAGCCGUAUUUGUCUUCAAUCCUCUGCCGUGUCUUCAACCAGUCGCCGU